AUGUUAUUUGCACCAAAAGGUCUGAUCUCACUGAACGAGUUUAAAGCAGCUUGUCGCCACUUGAAUACUUGCCGACUGCCAGGAACCAACAGCGUGGAUGAAGAGGGCAUUUCAGAUCUGGCCAAGUCGAUCGACUUGAAUGGGGACGGCGAGAUUGACUUCAAUGAAUUCCUGGAAGCAUUCCGAAUUGUCGACUCCGACCGACAGCGCAAUUCUGACGAAGGUACUGAAGAGGCAAUUGAAGAGCUCGACCUUCCGAAAUCCGCUGUAGCGAGUCAGCGGCGUGGUUUAUUUAAAUAA